AUGCGGUUGCGCGCGCCCACGAGGCUCCAUCUCUACGUACUAAAGCCGACGCGAGCAAGCAAAGCCCUUGUUGCCACGUGUAAAAGGCAGGUGCUGCGGUUGAACUUGAAGCAACUUCCUCCGCUCCUCUUUUCAUUCGCUCAUCGGGCGCUAAGUCGCUGGCAUUCAGAAACUGGCCUCUCUGCACGCCCGACCCCGAGCCCUACAAAGAUCUGCGAGAAGCAAGAGACAGUGGCAGCCACACUCUUGAAAUCGCGCGGUCGUAACGACUCCUAG